AUGGAAGGAAGUGAUAUAUACAGAGGAAGCAAUAGUCUAAGAUCAACUAGUUUUAGACUUAGGAGAAACAGAACCACAAGCUCAGAAAACGUUUUCUCAAAGGCAUCAUCAUGUGAAGAAGAAGAUGAUGAAGAAGCUCUUAAAUGGGCCUCACUUGAGAAGCUACCAACAUAUGAUCGUUUGAGGAAAGGGUUAUUAGCCACAUCUAGAGGUGUGGCUAAUGAGAUUGACAUCAAUGAGCUUGGAUUCCAAGAUAGGCAGAAGCUUCUAGAUAGAUUGGUCAAGGUUGCUGAAGAGGAUAAUGAGAAGUUCUUGUUGAAACUCCGAGAAAGGAUUGAUAGGGUUGGGCUUAACAUUCCAACAGUUGAAGUUCGAUUUGAACACCUUAAUGUUGAGGCUGAAGUUCUUGUGGGGAGUAGAGCUAUGCCUACUUUUCUAAACUUUGCUAUUAAUCUAGUGGAGAGUGUUUUGACUUUUCUACACAUAAUGUCAAGCAAAAAGAAACAAGUGACUAUCUUCAAAGAUGUUAGUGGAAUCAUUAAACCUAAUAGGAUGACAUUGCUUCUUGGUCCUCCAAGUUCUGGAAAAACCACUCUUCUUCUAGCCUUAUCAGGAAAGCUUGAUCCAAGUCUCAAGGUAUCUGGAAAAGUGAGUUAUAAUGGGCAUGAAAUGAAUGAGUUUGUACCUCAAAGAACUGCUGCAUAUAUUAGUCAACAUGAUGUUCAUAUUGGAGAAAUGACUGUUAGAGAAACGUUGACUUUCUCAGCAAGGUGCCAAGGAGUUGGAUCACGUUAUGACUUGCUAUCUGAAUUGUCUAGAAGAGAGAAGGAAGCAAAGAUUAAACCUGACUCAGAUAUUGAUGUCUACAUGAAGGCAACUACAAUUGGAGGACAAGAAGCAAGUUUGGUAACAGAUUAUGUACUAAAGAUUCUAGGGUUGGAUAUUUGUGCCAAUACCAUGGUAGGGAACGAAAUGUUGCGUGGUAUAUCAGGAGGACAACGAAAGCGAGUUACUAUAGGGGAGAUGCUGGUUGGACCGGCAAAUGCUUUGUUCAUGGAUGAAAUCUCAACCGGUUUGGAUAGCUCCACAACUUUUCAGAUUGUGAACUCUUUAAAGCAAUAUGUUCACAUUCUUAAUGGAACCGCAUUCAUCUCUUUACUACAACCCACACCGGAGACUUAUCAACUUUUUGAUGACAUUGUUUUGAUCUCUGAUGGUGAAAUUAUUUACCAAGGACCCCGUCAACAUGUUCUUGAUUUUUUUCAAUGUAUGGGUUUUAACUGUCCUGAAAGGAAAAGUGUUGCUGAUUUUCUUCAAGAAGUAACAUCUAAAAAGGAUCAAGAGCAAUAUUGGUCACAAAGAGAUAAACCUUAUAAUUUCAUAUCUGCUACUCAAUUUGCCGAGGCAUUUCAAUCAUUCCACGUUGGCAAGGGAAUGGUUGAUGAACUUUCAAUUCCAUUUGACAAGUCUAUGAAUCACAGAGCUGCAUUAACCACAAAAAAAUAUGGUACUAAUUUGAAGGAACUAGUAAAGGCUAACAUCUCAAGGGAGUAUUUGCUCUUGAAAAGAAAUUCAUUUGUUUAUAUCUUCAAGUUGAGCCAGGUUACGAUGAUUGCAAUAAUUACCAUGACUCUGUUUCUACGAACAAAGAUGCACCGAGAAUCUAUUGAUGAUGGAAGUGUUUAUUUUGGGGCUUUAUAUUUCUCACUAUCAAUGCUAACAGUACUUGGAAUAUCUGAAAUUUCAAUGGCGAGUGCAAAGCUUGCAGUUUUGUACAAGCAAAGGGAUCUUCUAUUUUAUCCUUCAUGGGCAUAUGCCAUACCCACUUGGAUCCUUAAGAUUCCUCUAUCAUUUCUUGAUGUUGCUAAUUGGGUCUUCCUCACAUACUAUGUUAUUGGAUAUGAUUCAAAUGUUGGCAGAUUCUUCAAGCAAUAUCUGGUGCUGUUCCUAACCAGCCAAAUGGCUUCUGGACUGUUCCGAGCAGUUGCUGCCUUGUCUAGGAAUAACGUGAUUGUGGCCAACACAUUUGGGGCAACUAUAGGUGUUACAAUUUUGCUAUUGGGUGGCUUCAUUUUAUCCAGAAAAAACAUCAAGGAUUGGUGGAUUUGGGGGUAUUGGAUUUCACCUAUCACGUAUGGUCUAAAUGCAAUAAUGGUGAAUGAAUUUCUCGGAAAAAGUUGGCACAAGUUUACACAAAACUCCAACAAAACACUAGGAGUUCAAGCUCUAGAGUCUCAUGGGUUCUUCACGCAUGCUUAUUGGUAUUGGAUUGGCGUUGGGGUAUUGAUUGGAUAUAUUUUUCUCUUCAACAUUCUAUACACCAUGGCUCUCACCUAUCUCACUCGUGAGUAUCUUCACAUUAUUUGUUAUAGUUCAAGAAGAGUUAAUGCUUCCAACAAUAGUAGCAACGGAAGAAGGAGAAAAGGCAUGGUUCUUCCAUUUGAACCACAUUCUAUCACCUUUGAUGAAGUUGUCUACUCCGUUGAUAUGCCACAGGAAAUGAAGGAUCAAGGUGUAACAGAAGAUAGGUUAGUGCUUCUUAAGGGUGUUAGUGGUGCAUUUAGGCCUGGUGUGCUCACAGCCUUGAUGGGUGUAACUGGAGCCGGAAAAACCACCUUAAUGGAUGUUCUAGCUGGUAGGAAAACCGGUGGAUACAUUGAUGGAAGCAUAAAAAUUUCUGGAUACCCUAAGAAGCAAGAAACAUUUGCUAGAAUCUCGGGUUAUUGCGAACAAAAUGAUAUCCACUCUCCUCAUAUUACUGUCUAUGAGUCCUUAUUUUACUCGGCAUGGCUUCGUUUAUCAGUAAAAAUUGAUUCUAACGAUAAAAAAAUGUUUAUUGAAGAAGUUAUGGAGCUUGUGGAAUUGAACUUGUUGAGAAACUCACUAGUUGGGUUACCUGGAGUAAGUGGACUCUCAAUUGAACAACGCAAGAGAUUAACUAUAGCAGUUGAAUUAGUGGCUAAUCCAUCCAUAAUUUUCAUGGAUGAGCCUACUUCUGGUUUAGAUGCUAGAGCUGCCGCCAUUGUUAUGAGGACUAUUAGAAAUAUCGUUGAUACUGGACGAACAAUUCUUUGCACCAUUCAUCAGCCCAACAUCGACAUAUUUGAAGCUUUUGAUGAGUUAUUUCUAUUGAAACGUGGAGGACAAGAAAUAUAUGUUGGACCAUUGGGUCAUCAUUCAAGCCAAUUGAUCAGGUAUUUUGAGAGCAUUGAUGGAGUUACUAAAAUCAAAGAUGGUCAUAACCCAGCAACUUGGAUGCUAGAAGCUACAAGUUCAGCAAAAGAGCUUAAUCUCGGUGUUGAUUUUCAUGAGAUAUACAAAAAUUCUGAUUUGUACAGGAGGAACAAGGAGAUGAUAGCAGAAUUGGGAAACCCUGGUCCUGAUUCAAAUGAUCUUCAUUUCCCUAAUAAAUAUGCACAGCCAUUUUGGGUGCAGUUCCUAGCAUGCUUAUGGAAGCAACAUUGGUCAUAUUGGCGCAACCCAUCAUAUACAGCCAUAAGAUUUUUUACCACUAUUAUCUUAGCCUUCAUAUUUGGAACUAUAUUUUGGAACCUUGGAGGCAAAUACUCAAACAAGCAAGAUCUAUCUAACGCCAUGGGCUCAAUAUACAUUGCUGUCCUCUUUCUAGGGUUACAGUAUGCAUCUUCUGUACAACCAGUGGUAGCAAUUGAAAGAGUUGUCUUUUAUAGAGAAAAUGCUGCUGGAAUGUAUUCUGCUUUACCCUAUGCAAAUGCACAAGUCUUGAUAGAGCUUCCAUAUAUCUUAGCCCAAGCUACAAUCUAUGGUGUCAUGACUUAUGCCAUGAUUGGAUUUGAGUGGACUCCAGGAAAAUUCUUUUGGUAUUUGUUUUUCAUGUACUUUGCAUUUUGCUACUACACUUUCUAUGGCAUGAUGACUGUGGCAUUAACACCAAACCGCCAUGUUGCUUCCAUUGUGGCUUCUUCAUUUUAUGCAAUAUGGAACCUAUUUUCAGGAUUUAUCAUUCCACCACCUAGGAUCCCAGUGUGGUGGAAGUGGUACUAUUGGGCAUGUCCUGUGUCAUGGACCUUAUAUGGAGCGGUUGCAUCACAAUUUGGAGACAUAACUCAUAUAAUGGAAUCAGAACAUGUUUCAGUGCAAGACUUCAUAAGAAGUUAUUAUGGCUUCAAACAUGAUUUCGUAGGAGUUUGUGCAAUUGUGGUUUUUGGGUUUGCAAUGUUAUUUGCCCUCAUUUUCGCCAUUGCAAUCAAGGUCCUAAACUUUCAAAGACGAUAG